AUGAGUGGUUCUAAAUCAUCGGGUGAAAUUUAUGCUGAUUUUGGACAUCAAUAUGGCUGCGAAAAUUGUGAUAGUGAUUUGCUUAUGAGUGCAUUCCUUCAUAAUUUCAAGAAAUUUUCUGAAGAAAAGCCUUGUUAUGGAUUUGCUAAAGAAGGUGGAAAAAAGUGGUGGAUCGAUUUGAUUAAAUGUACUUUUCUUGAGGCAUCAGUAAAAGUAAAUAGGAUCGAUGAGAUGUGUCAAGAAAUGUACGAAUAUUUUGCUACCGUAACUCCUUGGACAUUGGUUGAUCCUGAAAUUCAAAGUCACCUAAUACAAAUUCGAAAGCAAGGUGUGGACAUUGCGAUUAUUUCAAAUUUCGAUUCUCAAUUACGACUGAUUUUGGAUCGUUUUCAACUUUCACCUCAUAUAAGUUCAUUUUUGUUAAGUGGAGAAAUUGGUAUUGAAAAGCCAGAUCGGCGAAUCUUCGAUUUGGCCGCUAAACAGUUUAAUUUGCCUUCUAUGAAAUAUAUUCUACAUAUUGGUGAUAGUUACGAUAAAGAUUAUAUUGCAGCACAAGCGGCUGGUGCAAAUGCACUGCUUUUUAUGGAAAAUCCUAUAGAAAACAAUGAUUGUCAUAUUAUUCGUUCUUUAAGUGAAUUAAUUGAAAAUAAAGAAUAA